CGCCCCCUGUACGUUAUGUCCUACUGUCUUGCGAAGUGCUAUAAAGUCAGCAUUUUAACAAGGUGAAAACCAGCAGAAUGGAAACCAACAAGACAUCAGAGCCCAAAUCUAAUGGUGUGACGAAUGGUGGAGCAAGGAUUGUUGUGGAUGAUGAUGAUGAAGUCCUUAGCCCCACCGACCUGUCCGAGAUGUUAGCCGAGGGGACCAAGGAGUCCCACGACAGAGCAGAGAACUGCCAGUUUGUUAAAGAUUUCCUCAGAGGACGCAUCAGUAGGGAGCUAUUUAAGAGGGGUACAGCAGCUCUGUAUUUUGUCUACUCGGCUCUGGAGGAGGAGAUUGAGAAGAAUGAAGAUCAUCCUCACAUUGCCCCAAUUUAUUUCCCCGAAGAGCUGCACCGGCGCGACGCCCUGGCCCGGGACCUUGAGUACUUCUACGGAGAGGAUUGGGAGAGCCAGAUCAGCCUCACUGCAGGCACCAAGCCUUAUGUGGACCGCAUCCACGAGGUGGGACAGAAGGACCCGGUGCUGCUGGUGGCCCACUCCUACACCCGCUACAUGGGUGACCUCUCAGGCGGACAGAUCCUGAAAAAAGUGGCCCAGAGGGCACUGAAGCUCCCCUCAACAGGCGAGGGUCUCAACUUCUACCAAUUUGAGGGUAUCCAUAGUCACAAGGGCUUCAAGCAGCUCUACAGAAGCAGGAUGAACGAGCUGGAACUGGACGCUGAGACCAAAGAAAGGAUUGUUGACGAGUCUAACCGCACCUUUGGCUUUAACAUGAUGGUAUUUACAGAGCUUGAAGAGUUCGGGAAGACAAUCAAAGAAGAAGUCCAAGAUGCAGGAUUUGGUCACGGUCAUGCAGAGAUCAUGGAGGGAGGUGACAUCAACAAGUGCCCCUACUAUGCAACAAAAAUGGCCAUCAGUGGAAACCCCACCCACGCCUGUCAGUUAGCCAUGAUGCUUCUCAGACAUCCGCCCUGUCAGGUGGCUCUGGCUGCCUGGGUUGCCCUCCUUGCUGGCUUCACUGCCUGGUACCUUGUGUGACCUCUGACACUCGUUCUGCCAUCCACCUCUGAGAAACGAGCAGAGGACACUGCCUCAACAGAGACUUCAUGACCCAUGCUAUGUGUGUUUCAUUCACUGGUUAUAUGCAUACAGGAUUUUUUUUUUCAGGUAGAAAUAUUUAAUAUUUUAAAGUUGAAUGUAUUUCAUGUGAAUCAUAUGUUGAUGUUGGUGUUUCUGAUUAUGAAUAAACAGCAGCCAGUAAAUAAUGAUAAAA